GGUAAAUCACCCAACGAUCUUUCCUCUAUAAAUCGUCGAGUCGGACCGACCGCCUUUUCCCCUUCCGAUUUCCAUCUCUAUUCGUGUCUUCGAUUACAUACACAGAUAUAACAUAUACACACACGCAUACGCCCUCAUAGGUGUGUGUAUAGAUUGCUCGUUCUCUGGGUUUAGCUGAAAAGAGAGGUUUUACAGAGAGAGAGAGAGAGAGAGUGCGAUCAUGGAGGGAAAGAAGAAUUCGUCUUCGUUAACGACUGAGCUGUUUGGUUCCCGAGAAAAUUCUUCUUCUUCUUCUUCUUCUUCUUCUUCGUCUUCGGGGAUUUUUGGGUCGAUUUUCGCUCCUCCAUCGAAGGCUUUGGGAGGGGGAUCUCUCCGACCAGAACCGGCGACCGGUGGUUGGAACAAUAAAACUGCUGAUUCCGGCGAUAGCGGUAGGAGUAAGGAACAGAAGAAUCAGGACAGGGGUUCGAUCUAUCAAGAGCAGAGCGUGCAACCGUGCCACCUGAGCUCAUCGAUCUAUUACGGAGGUCAGGAUGAUUAUGCUCUGCCUCAGAGUGUCACUGGUUCGAGCAUGAACUCUGUGUACAAGAAAGGCGGGGGAGAAGAUGAUUCUGGAAGUGCCUCAAGAGGAAACUGGUGGCAAGGAUCUCUCUAUUACUAAAGAUCUUGCUGGCAAAUGUUAUACUCUACAAGAACAAGGCAAUGAUCCCGUCACCCCAUUCAUCGAUAUCUUAAGCAGACUUGGAUUCCUUCUUUGGGAACGUGGAAACGGUAUCUUGAUCUUUGAUCGGUUUGGUGUUGGCUGGCUUGCAGGUACAUAGGAACAUAGGUAGCAGAAAGAUCAGUCUUUUUUUCUUUUUAACUUGCUUAUAUCCAGAUCUGCAACAAAUCAGAUGGUGGCUGGAAAAAAGGGGAAAACAUCGCCGGAGAUUCGGCUUUGUCAUUGUUGUGUGGCUCAGCCAGCCGGUCCGACUAAAUUUCCUCCCAUAUGAACGAACCGAACCGAUGAUGUUUUCUUACAAACUCUUAUAGAUUCCCUGUUGUCUCUUUUCAGUUUCUAUGUAUAAAUAAGAACAUUUCGGAUUCUGGUACUUUAAUUUUCAUGUUCCUGAAAUUCUGGUUAUCUCCGGUUAACAUGGAUGGUUGGUUAA